CCUGGGCUGCCAUAAAGUGAAUGGGCGCCGGCUGGGGGUGGCAGUAGCGGUGAGGCUCACUCUCUCCCUCCGCGAGUCCGGGAGCGCCGGAGCGGAGCGACAGCCUGGGAGCAGGGGGGCGGCCCCCACUCCGGCCGGGUGCCCGGCCCCUGGCCCCUGCCUGCCCUCUAGAUCGCCACCGCCGCCGCCGCUGCUGGGAGUCUGCCUGCCGCGGGACGCACUAUCCCUCCCUCCAUGGAGUUCGGCCUGCUCAGCGAGGCAGAGGCCCGGAGCCCUGCCCUGUCGCUGUCAGACGCGGGCACUCCACACCCCCCGCUCCCGGAACACGGCUGCAAGGGCCAAGAGCACAGCGACUCGGAGAAAGCCUCGGCUUCGCUGCCUGGCGGCUCCCCCGAAGACGGCUCGCUGAAGAAGAAGCAGCGGCGGCAGCGCACGCACUUCACCAGCCAGCAACUGCAGGAGCUGGAGGCGACCUUCCAGAGGAACCGCUACCCCGACAUGAGCACGCGCGAGGAGAUCGCCGUGUGGACCAACCUCACCGAGGCCCGCGUGCGGGUGUGGUUCAAGAACCGGCGCGCCAAGUGGCGGAAGCGCGAGCGCAGCCAGCAGGCCGAGCUGUGCAAGGGCGGCUUCGCGGCGCCGCUCGGGGGGCUGGUGCCGCCCUACGAGGAGGUGUACCCCGGCUACUCGUACGGCAACUGGCCACCCAAGGCGCUCGCCCCGCCGCUCGCCGCCAAGACCUUCCCGUUCGCCUUCAACUCAGUCAACGUGGGGCCUCUGGCUUCGCAGCCCGUCUUCUCGCCGCCCAGCUCCAUCGCCGCCUCCAUGGUGCCCUCGGCCGCGGCCGCCCCGGGCACCGUGCCAGGGCCCGGGGCCCUGCAGGGCCUGGGCGGGGGCCCUCCCGGGCUGGCUCCGGCCGCCGUGUCCUCCGGGGCAGUGUCCUGCCCUUACGCCUCGGCCGCCGCAGCCGCAGCUGCAGCCGCCUCCUCCCCCUACGUGUAUCGGGACCCGUGUAACUCGAGCCUGGCCAGCCUGCGGCUCAAAGCCAAACAGCACGCCUCUUUCAGCUACCCCGCCGUGCCCGGGCCGCCCCCGGCCGCGAACCUCAGUCCGUGCCAGUACGCCGUGGAACGGCCAGUAUGAGCGGCCCGGCCGGAGGAGCAUCCCCGAGGGCAGGGGCGAUGAUUCACAGCCUCCCGGACUGGGGUCGUCUUGACUGGCUUGCCCCGGCCCCAGGGUCUGAGAGGGGUGUUUCGGCAGCUGGGGGCGGCCGGCUCAGGAGAGGGCCUUCCCCCUCCCAGCCCUGAGGGGUGGACUGGGCCCUACACACAAGCCGCGCCCCUGGGACUAAGGCCAGGAACAGGGACCAGAUCCCCGGGGGCCAACUCACCCUUGGCCCAUCCCGCCUUCUCCAGACUCCCCCUCCCCCGUUUUCAAAGAUAAACGAAAUAAACAUGCGCGGACUGUCAAA